AUGUUUCAAUAUAUUUUGUUAUUUCUAACUCUCGGGGAGAGUUAUCUCUUAGGGGCCAAUGCCGUAUCUUCAAAAUCUGAUGCCAGCUGCCAAGAUAUUGUUGGCUUUAUUCGUGACAGCAGGGACUGUAAGAAAUGGUACCAAUGCCGAAGCGGAGAGAAGAUCAACAUGCCACCAUGUGAAUCUGGUACUGUAUUCAGUAUUCAAGCGAUGCAAUGUGUCCCGAUUGUGCAUCCUUGGAAUGACUGCCCAGAAUCAUUGAAUAUCGUUGGUCAGCAAAUCAAUCAGUCGAUGAUUGAUUACAUCGGGGAUUUUAUGGGAGUUGAGUACAAAGUCGUAGAGAAUCAUCCCCAUGGCAAACCAGUCUACGAAGUUGAAUUGAUUUUAAGUAACAAUGGGCCAGUAACCAUUGUGAGCAGAGGUUGGCGCAUUUAUUUCUGCCACAUUAUGAAGAUCAAUCCUCUUAACCUGGACACUCAAUAUGGUAUCAUAUUCGAUCACAUCCAAGGCUGCUUGUUCUCCAUGUCGACUACCCCUAAUUUCUCACCUAUCUUCCCUGGCCAGUCAAAGAAAAUUAACUUCUGGGCUAUGAAUUGGUCAGUCUCAAAGACCGACGUUAUGCCCAACUGGUACAUUUAUGCAAACGGUCUCAAGUCUCGCGUGAUUGCGAGCACAGCCGGAGAAGGAUUAGAUUUCGUGAAGCCUUUCUUGAACGCGAAGCAAUACAAAAGGACAGGGCCGUCUGAUCGCUUCCAUCCUUUCUCCCCGAUGGAACGUUAUGGCAAAUACAAGGUGGAGGACCUAGGAAAAGCCCCGUUCCUUGUUUUGCCUACACCCAAAUCUUCUAUCGGCAGCAGUUCAAAAUUAUCCAUUAAACCACAGGAAUGGGUGAUUGUCGCGGAUUCUAAAGUUGGAGCAGAAGCUGAAAUUCUGUCAGAAAAACUGCAUAUCCGCAAAAUUGACAUGGCUCCACAAAAGAAAUUUAUUUUCCUUAAGGUCGAUAAUUUGAAACUUAAUGGCGUUUCUAACAGUGAAGACUACGAAAUCGAAAUGAGCGCCUUCGGCGAGACUAUCAUUGUGCAAGGGGCCAGCCCGGCAGGAGUGUUUUAUGGCGUGCAGUCUCUCCUUAGCAUGAUCCAGGGAGAUUCUAACUCUGGCUAUAUUAUACCAGUUACGUUCAUCAAUGACGGACCACGUUACCAGUACCGAGGGGUGCAGAUCGACGUGGCCAGGAAUUUCCACCCGAAAAGUGAUAUCCUUAAGCUUCUGGAAGUGAUGUCUAUGUACAAGUUGAAUAAGUUACACAUGCAUCUGACUGAUGACGAGGGUUGGCGGCUAGAAAUCCCCGGCUUACCUGAACUGACAAGUGUUGGUUCCAAACGCUGUGAUGAUUUAACUGAGGAGACAUGUCUUUUGUCACAAUUAGGAUCCGGUCCUAACGCCAGUGCUCCUGUCAAUGGAUAUUACUCUGUGAAUGAUUAUAAAGAAAUUCUCAGGUUUGCCAAAAGCCGUCACAUUGAAGUGAUACCGGAAUUCGAUAUGCCGGGACACGCUCGAGCGGCUAUCAAGUCGAUGGAGGUGAGGGCCAAGAAAAACAAGGACCCAACCGGACAACUAUACUUGCUGACUGAUCCGAAAGACAAAUCUGUGUACGAAUCGGUUCAGAUGUUCUCGGACAAUGCAGCCAAUCCAUGCAUGCAGAGCACUUCGCUGUUUGUUGCGCACGUGUUAAGCGAAGUGAUGGACAUGCAUAAGAAUAUUCAGCCGUUACGUACCUACCAUUUCGGCGGUGAUGAAGUUGGUAACGGUGCAUGGAUCGACUCCCCAGCCUGUAAGAAAUUGAUGAACGGUGAUGUGACAUCUACCAGUGAGGUGAAAAAGCAUUUUGUCAAGCUGGUGUCCAACAUGACAGCGUCGCAAUCGCUAAAUCUCGGUGCAUGGGAAGAUGGAAUGAUGGGUGACCAAGAGAUCCCUUUUAACAGGACUGAACUGCCCAAUUCUGAUAUCAUCGUCUAUGCUUGGGACAAUGUCUGGGAAUGGGAUCGCUCAAGUCGUGCUUACCGAUUUGCCAACAACGGUUUCAAAGUAGUCAUGUCUCAAGCCACACACCUGUAUUUUGAUCACCCUUACGAGCCAGAUCCUGAAGAAAGGGGCUACUACUGGGCACCUCGUUACAUUGAUACAAUGAAAACAUUUAGCUUUAAGCCAGACAAUCUCUACGCCAAUAUUGAUACAAACAGAUCUGGCAAAAAACUGACCCUGGAAGAAGUCUGUGGCCCGCUAGGCACAAAAUGUGUGCAACUGAAGAAUAAAGAAAAUAUAAUCGGAAUGCAAGGACAUCUAUGGAGUGAGACUGUGAGAACAAGUGAACAGAUGUUUGAGAUGUAUUUCCCCAGAUUAAUCGCUGUGGCAGAAAGAGCCUGGCACAAAGCCAAAUUUGAGACUGCAGGCAAGGAUUCAGCAGAUUCCCUUCUGAAGAAUGACUGGACCAAAUUUGCAAACACCGUUGGCUACAAAGAACUGCUUCGUUUGGAUAAAAUUGGAGUCACUUAUCGUGUGCCACCACCUGGUGCUUAUCGGAAUAAGGAAAAUAAACUCUUUGUGAUUUCUGCUUUUCCUGGUUUGAAAACUGAAAUCAGUUUUGAUGAUCAAUUGACAUGGACAACAGUGAGUUCUGAAACAACUGCCUACAAAGGGCAGACAGUCCAUCUUCGAACAAGGUCUGCUGAUUUGAAACGCACAAGUCGAGUAAUUAAGAUGAAUGUCAAGUAA